GCCCUGUGAUGUUUUUCCUUCUAAUAAACGUUUCUUUCCUCCUGAUCCCUCCUGUACUGGCACCCUGGGCCUGCGCCCGCAACUGUCCGGCAGGCUGCUUGUGCACCCAGGAGAGGAGCUGCUCGGUUCUGUGUGACCGUGCCAACUUUGCCGACCUCCCCAGGGAGUUCCCCUGCGAAGCCUCCACCGUGAACCUGGACAAGAACAGCCUCAAGUUCCUCUCAGAGCGUGCUUUCGGAACCCUGCCAGCAUUGCGCUCGCUCUCCCUCGACCACAACAACAUCUCCUUUAUCACUCCAGGAGCCUUCAAGGGCCUGGCAAACUUGCUGGUGCUUAAGAUAGCUCAUAACGAGUACAUCCGCUACCUGCACACGCGCACCUUCACCUCCCUCAAACGGCUGGAGAGGCUGGACCUCUCCGACUGCAACCUCUUCAAUAUGCCAGACCGGAUCUUCCUGGAGCAGAUAGCCCUAAAGGAGCUGCUGUGCUUCCAGAACAACUUCAGACGCAUUCCAGGAGCCCUCCGGGGAAUGGAGAACCUGACCCACAUCUACCUGGAGCGCAACAAGAUUGAAGCCAUCGCCUAUAACUCCCUGCUGGGCCUCACCAGACUCCAGUACCUCAACCUGCAAGAGAACCGAAUCAACGUCAUCCAUGACCAGGCCUUCCAAGACCUCCGGCGUCUGGAGAACUUCUACCUGAAUGACAACCUGCUGGAGGACCUCCCAGUGCAUUCCUUCAAGGGUCUCUCCCGGCUUAAAAUGCUCAACCUAGGUGGGAACCUGCUUACCAACAUUUCUAAGACCUGGUUUAGCGACCUGGUGGAGCUGGAAGUACUCUACCUGGACCGGAACCAACUGUCUGGCAUCGAGGAGGGUGCCUUCGAAAACCUUACCAGCCUCAUCUCCCUCCACCUCAAUGGCAACAACCUGACUGCCCUGCCUUUUUCAGUCUUCCAACCCGUCUACUUCCUGGGUCACCUCUACCUGUUCCGCAACCCCUGGGAGUGUGAUUGCAGCCUGGAGUGGCUGAAGGAGUGGAUGGAGAGCUACAAGCUGGUCAGGGACAUCCCCUGCGCGUCCCCCUCUGCUGUGGCUGGCCUGGACCUGAGCGAGGUUGUCUACCCCAAGCUGGACGGCGUCUGCGUGGACCUGAGUGAGCUCAACCUCACCACCCUAGCACCCGCACCCUCCGAGUCCUGGCGCUCCACCACGGAGAACCGGUUCAGCAGCCUGAUCUCCAAGCUCCUCCAGCAGGAGCUGAGAGAGGAGGAGGUCAACAUCACUGACGGUGAGAGAAAUGGCUCCCUGAUCGACCAGGCCGAACUGUCUGCAGGGGGCUGCUGUGCCCUGGCCAACCCAUCCCUGCAGCUCCUCCUCCUCCUCUGUACAUUGCUGAUCCCAGGGAUGAUGAUGGGCUCUCUUGCCACAUAUAUGGAUGGGUCCUGA